AUGUGGGCACUGUCAUUGCUGUUAGCUACGGUAGUGACAGCUACAGACCUCAUAUCGUGUUCUGCUCAAGCUGCUAAAGCCCACCCAUGUGCGGUACCGCACCCCGGAGGUUUAAUGGUAUUCAGACAGAGGUUUGAACCUGACGUUGGGGGGGAUCAAGGUAGUUGGGGUAUAGAUGGGCUUCAAGUGCUAGAAUCAUAUGUCACAUGUGACUUGGAGGACGGAGGACCGGUCACUACCAACGCCGAACCAUUCGCACCUGCUUACGAUCAUGAACAUGUAGCUUCAUUUACGCAUCGUUCAGAGCUGUUUGGAGGGGAGGAGAGUGUUUUACGAGCUGAAGCUGAAUGGGCGCAGAGCGAGGUGGGGGAAGGGGUUGAGGAGGUACAAGAGAGAACUUGGAACACAGCAGGUAGAUGGAUAUCAACAUUCGCACCAUCUUGCAGUCCCGCACGUCGAGAAGGGGAAGAAAUCACACCAUCGGCAGAUACCACUUACUCUCUCUUUGAAUUGGUCGCUGCUUUGACUUUUAACGAUUUUAAACCUGUGGUAACUUGCGUCAAUUAUACACUCUCGACAAUUCUUUGGCCUCUCAACGUCGGGGGAAAGUUUCAAGAAAACAACUUCAUCCCUUCUUCAAAAUUCUCCUUACAAUCUACUUGUCCUCCAGAAGGUAUAAUCUAUCCCCCAUCCAUCACCCUCCCACCGAUGACCACGUCAUACACUUGGGACCCCCUCACUCGGCCUACUCCACGACCCAUCACACUCUCUUACGACGAGAGCAAAGUCUACACACCCGGUCUCGAACUCAACCCCAAAAGACUUCGCGCGUUCAAGGACUAUGAAGAGGAGCGGUUGGAAGAAAAGGAGAGCAAAGUCAUAAGACAAUACCCUCGGGACGAAUUAUAG